CUUCAACAUCCAGCUGAGGCGUGAAGUGGCCAACGACAUCCACACCAUCAGCAACAUCAUCAUGAUGCUCGAUGGUUGUGUGGUGGAGCUGUCGAACAACCUGGACGAGAGGGUGAAGGUCAAUGGAGAGACGGUGUCUCUGCCACACUUCGCGUUCGGGGUGUCCAUCACGGGGACCACGUCCAGUAUCACCGUGGAGGCCAAGCUCGGGAUUACGGCCGUGUGGAACCUGGAAGACUCUCUGGAUAUUGAAAUUGAUAAACAAUACCGGAACCAGACAUGUGGACUCUGUGGGAAUUUUGACGGCGUCCCAAAUGAUCUGAUGAAAGAUGGGGCAAAGCUGAAUGUGGCAGACUAUGCUGAAGCCUUCAAGGAGGAUGGACCAACAGAGAGCUGCGAGGAGCCUGAGAUCAACAAAGAGCAGCUCUGUGGCACCGAGGAAACCUGUCAGCAGAUCUUCAACAGCGCUCCAUUCAGCGCCUGCCAAAACCUUCUGGAUGUUGACGCCUUCACUGACAUCUGCAGGUCCGAUAUGUGUCACAGUAAAAACAACACAGACUCCUUCCUCUGCCAAACCAUCUCAGAGUUCUCCAGAGAGUGCGUCCACGCCGGGGCCAGACCCAGACAAUGGAGGAAUGAAACUUUUUGCAGUGUGGCGUGUCCAAACAACAUGGUGUUCAUGGAGUACAGCAGUCCCUGUGUGGACACCUGCUCCACCCCUCAGGCCAGUGAGACAUGUGACAGCCACUUUGUCGACAGCUGCCAGUGCCCCGCCGGGACGGUCCUUGAUGACAUCACUAACAAGGGCUGUCUGACAGUGGAUCAGUGUCCGUGUCAGCACAACAACAAAGUCUUCAGGUCGGGGGAAUCGUACUCCAGCAGCUGUAGAAACUGUGUGUGUGUGAGCGGCCAGUGGCAGUGCAAGGAGACGGACUGUCCAGGAAUCUGCUCCGUGGAGGGAGGAGCUCACGUCAACACCUUUGACGGAAAAGUCUACACCUUUCACGGAGACUGCUCCUACAUCCUGACUAAGCAAAGUGGGGGCUCCUUAUACACGAUACUGGUGGACCUGGUGAGGUGCGGUUUGGGCGACAGUCGGACCUGCCUCAGAGCCGUAACUCUGAGUUUAUAUGGCAACUCUGUGGUUGUUAAGAUUCAGGCAUCCGGGCAGGUCUACGUGAACCAGAUUCUUUCUCAGCUUCCUCUGUUCACACCGGAGCUGGGUGUCUUCAAGCCAUCAUCUUACUACAUCCUCGUGAACAUCAAGAUGGGCCUUCAAGUGAUGGUCCAGCUGGUCCCCAUGAUGCAGGUCUUUGUCACAGCUCAACCCUCACACAGAGGAACCACUGCUGGUUUGUGUGGAAACUUCAACAACAUAAUGAGUGAUGACUUCAAGGUGAUAAGUGGACUGGUGGAGGGCACCGCCUCAGCGUUCGCCAACUCAUGGAAAAUGAGAGCCAACUGCCCCGACAUUGCACCGCGCCCGCUCGGACACCCCUGUCGCCAGAGCAUCAGCAAAGAGAGUUACGCUCAGUUCUGGUGCUCCAAAAUAUCGGAUCCUGCUGGAGAGUUUGCCUCCUGCCACUAUCUCAUCAGUCCUGACGCAUACAGAGAUAACUGCAUGUAUGACAGCUGCAACUGCGAGAAAAGUGAGAACUGCAUGUGUGCUUCGAUGUCCUCAUACGUCUUUGCCUGCUCAGCGGCAGGAGUCCACAUCACCGGCUGGAGGGACAAUAUCUGUACCAAAUUCAGCAAAUCAUGUCCAGCUGGAACAGUGUACGGCUACGACAUGACCACCUGCGGUCGCACCUGCCGCUCCCUCAGCCAGCCCGACUACUCCUGCCAGACCAAAUUCACCCAGGUGGACGGCUGCGGCUGCGCAGAGGGAACCUACAUGAACGAGGAAGGGAAGUGCGUGUCCCGUGGAAGCUGUCCCUGCUACGAUAAAGACACCAUUAUACCAGCUGGACAGGCUGCCGUGAAAGACGGCGUCACAUGUUUCUGUAGGCAAGGAGCUCUCAGCUGCGCAGGAUCAAACCUGGGAAAAACAUGCCCCUCCCCCAUGGUUUACUUUGACUGCGCCAAAGCCGACCCUGGGAGCACUGGGACCGAGUGUCAGAAGAGCUGCAGCACUCUGGAUAUGGCUUGUGUCAGCACGGACUGCAUGUCAGGCUGCAUGUGCCCCGAAGGCCUGGUGUCAGAUGGAGCGGGAGGCUGCGUGAAAGCCGACAACUGUCCGUGCAUGCACAAUGGAAAGGCCUAUCAGGCUGGACAGACUCUGACUGUGAACUGCAACACCUGCUACUGCAGUAAAAGGAAGUUCACAUGUACCGAAAAUGUGUGUGAUGGAGUUUGUGGGAUCUAUGGCGACGGUCACUACACCACCUUUGAUGACAAGAGGUUUGACUUCAAUGGAGAGUGCGAGUACACACUCCUGCAGGACAAAUGUGGCGGCAUCAGUGGAGACGGCAGCUUUAGGAUCGUCACUGAGAACGUUCCCUGUGGAUCCACAGGAACCACCUGCUCCAAGAGCAUCAAGAUCUUCAUGGGGGAUAGUGAGUACCAGCUGAAAGAAGACGCCUUCCAGAUUGUGAAAGGCAGCGGCCAGGUGUUACCUGCUCAGCUAAAAAAAAUGGGGAUUUACCAGGUGGUGACACUCAUGCAGGGGCUUGUGCUCAUGUGGGACCAGAGGACGAGUCUUUUCAUUAAACUCAGCCCAAAGUUCCAGGGUAAAGUCUGUGGUCUGUGUGGAAACUACGACGGCAACAUUAGGAAUGACUUCACCACACGCUCUGGGGAGACAGUGGCUGAAGUUACAGACUUUGGUAACAGCUGGAAGCUCUCUUCCACCUGCCCAAAUGCCCAACUGAUCACUGAUCCCUGUUCCUCCAACCGCUACAGAGCAGCCUGGUCCCAGAAACAGUGCAGCAUCAUCACCAGUGCCACCUUCCAGAGCUGUCAUUCACAGGUUGACCCUGGUCCUUACUACGAUUCUUGCGUGAGAGACUCUUGUGCCUGUGACACCGGUGGGGACUGCGAGUGUCUCUGUACUGCUGUGGCCGCCUACGCAAAAGCUUGUAAUGAAGCCGGGGCCUGCAUUAGAUGGAGAACUCCAAAGCUGUGUCCUAUUUUCUGUGACUAUUAUAACGCCCCUGAUGGCUGUGAGUGGCACUACAAGCCAUGUGGAGCUGACUGCAUGAAGACAUGUAGGAAUCCAUCAGGAAACUGCUCAAACCUCAUCACUGCCCUGGAAGGCUGCUAUCCACAGUGUCCGCCAUCUGAGCCCUACUUUAAUGAAGACAUCAUGAAGUGCGUCCCCUGGAGCCAAUGUGGUUGCUAUGACGCCCAAGGCAACCAUUACAACCCUGGAGAUAAGGUUCCAUCCGAAAACUGUUACACUUGCUCCUGUAAAGUCUCUGGAAUCGACUGCAGCUACGAUGUGAACUCUUGUAAAUGCUACGUUCAUGGAAAAACCUAUGAAUAUGGUGAAACAAUCUACGACACCACGGAUGGGCAUGGGAAUUGCAUCACAGCUGAGUGUGGAACCAACGGAACUAUAACGAGAACAAUACACCCCUGUGCAACUACCACCACCCCUGGCCCUACAACUACCCCUUUUACAUUCAGCACAUCUGGACAAACAACUAUAGGUGUUACUACAUUACUGCCAUCAACAACAAUGGGAACCACAACUGGACCCGUAGAAACAACCACAUUACAUUCAACAACAAGCCCUGAAACAACAGUUGUAACAUCAAAACCUUCUGUUGUUACCACAACAACUAAAGUGCCAACAGAAACAACCGUUGGAACCACAGCCAAACCUGGAGAGACUACCACAGCAGAAAAGACAACUACAAAGGUUGGGACAACAGCACCACCAAAAGUCACAACUACCCCAGUUACAGCCUCCACUACAGCUGUUGUUGAAACUACAACCUCUGUGCCAGUUGUCACAACAACAGGCCCUGAAACAACGGUUGUAACAUCGAAGCCCUCUGUUGCUACAACAACUAAAGGGCCAACAGAAACAACCGUGGGAACCACAACCAAACCUGCAGAGACAACCGCACCAGAAAAGACAACUAUAAAAGCUACAACAACAAAACCACCUAAAGUAGUCACAACAACCCCAGUUACAGCCUCAACUACACCUGUUGUGGAAACUACAACCUCUGUGCCAGUUGUCACAACAACAGGCCCUGAAACAACAGUUGUAACAUCAAAACCUUCUGUUGUUACCACAACAACUAAAGUGCCAACAGAAACAACCGCUGGAACCACAGCCAAACCUGGAGAGACUACCACAGCAGAAAAGAACAACUACAAAGGCCCUGAAACAACAGUUGUAACAUCAAAACCUUCUGUUGUUACCACAACAACUAAAGUGCCAACAGAAACAACCGUUGGAACCACAGCCAAACCUGGAGAGACUACCACAGCAGAAAAGACAACUACAAAGGUUGAGACAACAGCACCACCGAAAGUCACAACUACCCCAGUUACAGUCUCAACUACAGCUGCUGCUGUUGAAACUACAACCCCUCUGGAAAUUCGCACAGAAACGCCAGUGAUUACAACUGUUGUCACAAAAGCUUCUGUUUUAAAUACAACUACUGCAUCUACAACUGUAACCACUCGAGGAUUUGUAACAACUGCCAUCAAGCCAAUUACACAGACACUUCCAUUCAGCACAAAUGUUUACACCACCAUGCCAACCACUACCACAGUUAUUUCCACAACAACGCUGUCUGCCAUGACUACAAUAUGCGUCUGCACCUCCAAUGGGACUACAUAUCAUCCUGGGGACAUGGUAUAUAAUGCCACCGAUGGCUUAGGUUGGUGUUACACAGCAUUUUGCAAUGCAAGUUGUAAAAUUGAGAUGCACAGCAGUCCAUGUGGCACAACUCUACCGCCUAGCACAACCGCACAUACGACCACUGAGGCGUCGACGACGGUCACAGUUGUUCCCACCACAACUGUUCCUGCCACUCCGUCAACACCGCCAUCUACGACCACCAUGGACUGCAAUUAUGUGUCUCCACCAAGAAAGAAUGGAGAAACCUGGAAGGUUGACAACUGCACAACAGCUACCUGCAUCCACGGCAACAUCACAGAGACAACUGCUCCCUGCGCCACGCAAUCUAAACCUGUCUGUGCUAACGGACGCCAAGCUGUCAAGGUCUAUGAUGAUGACGGGUGCUGCUUCCAAUACGAAUGUGAAUGCGUGUGCAGUGUCUGGUCUGGAUCCCACUACAAGACAUUUGAUGGAAGAUCAUACGAUUUCAAUGAGAACUGCUCCUACUACCUGGUCAAAGAGAUUACAACUAAAUAUGACCUGACUAUAAUACUGAAUAACCAGGACUGUGACCCUUCAGACGGCACAUUCUGCCCCCAGUCUCUCACUGUCAAGUACAAGACCAACACGGUAGUUUUGACACAGAUGAAGAUUGCAGGAACAGUAACUAACGUGGUGUAUGUGAAUCAGAAACGAAUCUAUCCCGCCUACCAAAAUGCUGCCCUGCGCCUCACCAGCACAGAUAUGGUGAUCACAUUGGAGAUACAUGAUAUCAAGACAACAGUGAUCUAUCGGGGCUCCUCAUUCAGCAUCGACGUUCCUUAUUCCCUCUUUGGUGGCAACACCGAGGGACAGUGUGGAACCUGCGACAACUCACAGAACAACGACUGCCGCUCUCCAAACGGCCAGGUGGAAAGCUGCAUCGACUCUGCAGGCCAGUGGCACGUCCCAGGUACCCCCUGUGUCACCCCCACAGCCCCAUCAAUUACUACCACAGUGGCCGGGACCACCACAAAACCAGUAUACACAACUACAAAGCCUAUUUGCAAACCAGCCAUUUGUGAUGUCAUAACCAGCAGUGUUUUUGAGGACUGCCACUCAGUCAUACCGCCAGGAACUUAUGUGACAUCCUGUGUGACUGACAACUGCAACAAGGACAACAAAACCUGCUCCAGCCUGGAGGCCUAUGCUGCUGAGUGCGCCAAUGCAGGAGUCUGCAUCGACUGGAGGAACGCUACCAAUGGGCUCUGUGAACGCAAGUGUCCAAGUAACAAAGUAUAUAAAGCCUGUGGCCCCAAUGUGGAGCAUACAUGCAAUGACAGAUACAACUUGAAGUUCCAGGUAAAUAGCAACAUUAACAACACUAAGGAGGGUUGCUUCUGUCCUGCCGGCACCAUGUUGUUCAACACUGUCUACGACACCUGUGUGACCUCCUGCGAUUGUGUUGGACCUGAUGGAAAACCCAAACAGCCUGGUGACAAGUGGACAAGUGACUGCAACAACUGCAUGUGUGACCCUGAUACCAUGAGCAUCCACUGUGAGCCUGUCAAGUGCCCAUCAGAACCGAUCCCUGACUGCAGCAAACCUGGUCAGCAGCUGGUCAACGAGACCGACGGAUGCUGCUCAAAACACCGUUGCGAAUGCAAUGAAAACCUGUGUCCCGGCGCUCCCACCUGCAAGCUGGGCUUCCAACUUAACACCACUGAACCCGACGACGGCUCCUGCUGCAAAGCCUACGAGUGUGUUCCUAAAGGUGUAUGCGUCUAUGACAUGAAAGAGUACGAGCCUGGUGAGAAGAUACCAACCUCAGAAAAGACAGAACCACCACUGGAAGAACCAUCAGUAACAGAAAAACCAACAACAACAAGAGGGCCAUCAGGACCUGGACAACAGGGAACAACAGCAGGACCAUCAGGACCUGGACAGCAGGGAACAACAGCAGGACCAUCAGGACCUGGACAACAGGGAACAACAGCAGGACCAUCAGGACCUGGACAACAGGGAACAACAAGAGGACCAUCAGGACCUGGUCAGCAGGGAACAACAGCAGGACCAUCAGGACCUGGACAGCAGGGAACAACAGCAGGACCAUCAGGACCUGGACAACAGGGAACAACAAGAGGACCAUCAGGACCUGGACAACAGGGAACAACAGUAGGACCAUCAGGACCUGGUCAGCAGGGAACAACAGCAGGACCAUCAGGACCUGGUCAGCAGGGAACAACAGCAGGACCAUCAGGACCUGGACAACAGGGAACAACAGCAGGACCAUCAGGACCUGGUCAGCAGGGAACAACAAGAGGACCAUCAGGACCUGGUCAGCAGGGAACAACAGCAGGACCAUCAGGACCUGGUCAGCAGGGAACAACAAGAGGACCAUCAGGACCUGGUCAGCAGGGAACAACAGCAGGACCAUCAGAGGGCCAAACAACAACGGGACCUACAGGGGAGAUGGUUUUCAGACCUGGGCCCUGCCAGGAGUGUUACUGUGGCCCCAAAAUGGAUCCCAUCACCAAGCUCAACAUCAUUACCUGCACACCUGUUGUCUGUGACAAAACCUGCUCUCCAGGUUAUGAAUAUCAUGAAGAUCCAGAAAAAUGCUGCGGAAAGUGUGUCCAGAAGAGCUGCAUUUUCAACGCACCUGACAACACAACGCAGAUCAUUGAGGUCGGCGGCACUUAUGUUCCACCUGAUAACAAGUGUGUGAAAUACACCUGUGAGGAGAUCAACGGACAGUUUGUUACCAAGGAAACCCAGAAAACGUGUCCACCCUACAACCCCGAUGACUGCGAGCCUGACACUGAGACAAUUGAGGCUGAUGGCUGCUGCAAGAGCUGCAAGAUAAAGAGCGUCUGUGAGGUCAAGAGUGAGAACACGGUCAUCGAGGUGAACGAGUGUAAGACCCUGACGCCGGUCAACAUGACGUACUGCGCUGGACACUGUGGAAGCACCUCCAUGUAUUCAGCAGCAGCUAACUCGAUGAUGCACAAGUGUGAGUGUUGCCAGGAGGCCAAAACCAGUAAGAGGCAGGUGGAGCUGACCUGCACCAACGGCUCCAAGGUCCAGCACACCUACACCUUCGUGGAAACAUGCAGCUGCACAAAAACAGAGUGUGUGCCAGGAACAUCGCGCCGCAGGAGACGUUGAUCGGUUACUGACCGCUCUUCACUGGACUGAAAACACACAAACAUGAAGCGAGACUUUAACUCUUUAUUCUGGUCAGGUUGUAUUAUUUAUGGACCAACAUGUGCUGUUUAUGGGUGUCACAACAUAUUAAUGUGAUGUAAACUUUCUUUAUCUAGGGAUUUCUAAGAGGAAUAUUAUUAAAAUUAUAUUUGUGCAAC